AUGAUGAGGGUUGUGCAUAGAUCAAAAAGAAGGGACAUGAAAUGGUUAAUUCCCGGAAGAUCUAGGGUUCUGAUAAUUUCUUUUCUUCUUCUUCUUUCAGCUUAUCUUACUUCUUCUCAGCAACACACCGACCAAAAAACAACACCAGCUUCAACUUCAAGAAAUGAAACCAAAGGAGUUGAUGCUAAUCAUCAUGCUAAAGUAUUUUAUAAACACACUUGGCCGGUGAUGAAAUUUGGGUGGAGAAUAGUAGUUGGUACCAUAAUUGGAUUUCUAGGAUCAUCAUUUGGAACUGUGGGAGGUGUUGGUGGAGGUGGCAUAUUUGUUCCCAUGCUUACUCUUAUUAUUGGAUUCGAUGCAAAAUCAGCCACAGCAAUAUCAAAAUUUAUGAUUACUGGAGGAGCAGGAGCAACAGUUUUAUACAACUUGAAGAAAAGACACCCAACACUUGACUUACCUGUGAUAGACUAUGAUCUAGCACUUCUUUUCCAACCAAUGUUAAUGCUUGGCAUCAGUCUUGGUGUUGCCUUCAAUGUCAUUUUUCCUGACUGGAUGAUAACAACUUUACUAAUCAUAUUCUUCACUGGCAUUUCGAUUAACGCUUUCUUAAAAGGUGUUAACACAUGGAAAAAAGAAACACUUACUAAGAAGGAAGCUAGAGAAUCAGAUGAUAGAAGGAUAGAGGAUUCUGCACUUGAUCUUCAAGUAGGAGAAUCAGUCAAUGAAAGUGAAACCAAUACCAAUGUACCAAGAAAAAAGGUUUCUGUUAUUGAGAAUGUUUAUUGGAAGGAACUUGGACUUCUUUUCGCUGUCUGGAUCAUAAUACUUGCAUUACAGAUAGGAAAAAAUUAUACAAGAACUUGCUCGGUGGCGUAUUGGAUAUUGAAUCUGGUUCAGGUACCUAUAACUGUAGGAGUGAGUUCAUAUGAGGCAGUGCUUUUAUACAAAGGGAAAAGAGUUAUAGCUUCCAAGGGAGAUGAACAGACAAAUUGGAGUGUGAAGCAAUUGAUUAUGUACUGUUCAUGUGGCAUUAUUGCUGGCAUAGUUGGUGGCUUGCUUGGUCUUGGUGGAGGAUUUAUCUUAGGGCCACUUUUCAUUGGACUAGGAAUCCCUCCUCAGGUGUCAAGUGCUACAUCCACUUUUGCAAUGACAUUUUCUGCUUCUAUGUCUGUGGUGGAAUAUUACCUUCUCAAACGUUUUCCUAUUUCAUAUGCUCUUUACUUUGUGGCUGUAGCGACUGUUGCUGCACUUGUUGGGCAGCAUUUGGUGAGGAAGCUAAUUGCCAUAUUAGGGAGAGCUUCAAUCAUCAUUUUCAUCCUUGCUCUCACAGUUUUUGUGAGUGGAAUAUCACUAGGUGGAACAGGAAUAGCAAAUCUGAUUAAAAGGCUUGAAAAUAAGGAAUACAUGGGGUUUGGAAACCUGUGUGAGUACAGGGUUAGGAAUUGA